GCGUCACGCUGAUGAGGUCCGUGGUGCGCUUCAUUACUAUCGCACUACAGUGUUGCGUCUUUAUCGGCAGUCUGCGGUCACUGCAGACAGUCGUCAAACAGCGGGAAUACAACAGACACACAAACAGCACGGAGGAUGUCCGGGGUGUCCGGGAAUUUGGAUUGCGAGGAGAGUUUAUCUUCGGCACAUGUGGCCAACAGCACGGAGUUACCGCCGCACUCCGUUGUGGAUGACGACGAUGAACUUCUGAGAUACAUCUGGAGAGAGUACUUACACCCCAAGCAGUAUGAAUGGGUUCUCAUUGUGGCUUACAUUAUUGUCUUCUUCGUCUCACUCAUUGGAAACUCGUUGGUUUGUUUUGCAGUGUGGAAAAACCGCCACAUGCGCACCGUGACCAACUACUUCAUUGUGAAUCUCUCCUUUGCCGAUGUCUUGGUCACCAUCAUCUGCCUGCCUGCGAGUCUUGUGGUAGACAUCACAGAGACGUGGUUCUUUGGAGACACUCUUUGCAAAGUUGUGCCUUAUCUGCAGACCAUCUCUGUUUCUGUAUCAGUCCUAACACUGAGUUGUAUUGCCCAAGACCGUUGGUAUGCUAUCUGCCACCCGCUGAUGUUCAAGAGCACAGCCAAGAGGGCUCGCACGAGUAUUGUGGUCAUCUGGGUUGUGUCGUGCAUCAUCAUGAUCCCUCAGGCUAUUGUGAUGGAGUGCAGCAGCCUCGUGCCAGAACUAACAAACAAGACCAGCCUGUUCACAGUGUGUGAUGAACAUUGGGGAGCUGAGAUCUACCCAAAGGUGUAUCACACCUGUUUCUUCAUCGUCACAUACUUUGCACCCUUAUGUCUCAUGGUCCUGGCAUAUAUCCAGAUAUGUCACAAGCUGUGGUGUCAACAGAUUCCUGGAAGCACAUCAGUGUUGCAGAGGAAGUGGAGGUCCAUCCAGUGCUCAGCUCCGGCAUCGGGAGAGCCUGCGAGGGUCAGAACCAGCACAGUUUGUGCUGAGAUCAAACAGGUCCGAGCCCGACGCAAGACGGCUCGCAUGCUGAUGGUGGUGCUCUUUGUUUUCGCUCUGUGCUACCUGCCAAUCAGCGUGCUCAACGUCAUGAAAAGAGUCUUUGGGACUUUCAAGAAAACAGACGACAGAGAAACAGUGUAUGCAUGGUUCACCUUCUCACAUUGGCUCAUAUAUGCCAACAGCGCAGCAAAUCCCAUCAUCUACAAUUUCCUCAGUGGGAAGUUCCGUGGGGAGUUCAAAGCCGCCUUUUCUUGCCACGGUCAAAAUCAAACUCAGAGAACGAGGCCCAGAGCGAGCACCGACAGUCGGAAGUCAGUGUCAACUCAAGUCACCAACAUGGACAAUGUGUCACGCAUAUCGGAUCAGAUAGUGUAGUCUUACAAUCCAGGUGGGGAAUUCUGCUUACACAUUCAUCAUUGAGGUGUUCAAACAAACAUUUGAAUGGACAAAAAGAAUGUCUCAAAAUUCUAGUUUUAUGUCUGGUUUUACAACACCUUAGAAGCUUUACACAAAUUAGAAGCUUUAGAGAACCAACCAUCCACUGUUUUAUGAAGACCUUCUUACCUCUUUUAAAAGAUCCUAAACAUAGUAGGACAUGUCAUUCACAGAAACUCUAUUUAUUAUCACCAGUUGAAUGGUCGUAUUUAAUAACUCGUACGUAUAUAUUUUAGGUUAAGUGAAAUAUUUUGAUUGCACAUGGAUAUUUUUAUUGUACUGUACAUUUAAUAUUUUGACUGUAUGACUUUAAGUAGCCAGAAUCUGUCAUUUUGAGUGUUUAUUCAUAUUUAUUAAUUUAGUGGUUUACUGUUUUUUUUUUGUUUUUUUACACCAACAGAAGAUUAGGUUCUAUAGAGAAUACGUUUUAUAACUAAUCAGAUUCUAAGACUGUCUACCUCAUUAGCAGACGUCCAUCUUCAGUCUGUCAGUCAUUCGUCAGUGUAAAUACCUUGUGAACAAACAGUAUGUAAAUGAUGUCCGGUAAAACUGUUUCUUUCACUCGACAGUGUCGACACACACACACGUUUAUUUUGAACAACAUCAGAAAAGUGGACAUUGUGAUAAUGCUCCAUUGUAGCUGCAAACUUUCCCUCUAUGUACAGUGCCAAAGCAAGUAUUUUCAAAAGUCUUCUUUGAAAUGCACAGAAAUGCUUCCGUCAGUCGCCUCUGCUGACAGCUUCAGAGCCCAGGACACACUGUCCUGUCGGACAAAACAGUGGCUGUCAUGACAACUAAGUAUUUUUUACACUAUUACUAAAUUACAUUUCAACAUCUUUAUUCAAGAAAAGUUCUAAAAAGUGUUUCUGAGAUAUGUUUAGAUAUGUACAUUGACAAAAGGUCUGGUCAAUAAUCAAGCUGUGCAUUACAGCUUGGCUGAGACAUCUAACUCAUCAAUAAGUAUGAUUAAUUACAUUUUAAUUUUGCUGCUUUUACAAAAUAUUUAAUCACUGAGAUUUUUGACAAAUAAUCAUCAUUAAUGUGGAUAUAAUGACAAAGUGGGUAAAGGCAUAGGGAAAAAAGCGAUUGCAUGUAGUAGUUACAUGCAAUGUACACAACUCUGCAACAAAUGAACACUUGAAGUUCAUUUCUAGGACCCUACUGUUGUUCUUAGUGGUGGGAGUGAAAUGUCACGACUUACCCCAUGGGUGGGGAUAAUUGUAAAAGACACAGGGUUAGAUGUAACACCUGCUAGAAAAGUCUGUCUGAAUGCAAUUAAUUCAAAACAAUUCCAGCUAAAUACUAUGUGGAUACUGUUUGUGGCUAUAUUUCAUAGAUGGAAAGGAAUUUUUGUCGAGGGAACCAGUUUGAUGCCAAUUUCCGGGGUUGGCCUCCAAAACUACUCCUUGCAGCAUUCUAUGGCCACAAACCAACAGCCCUGCCCAUGUUGAUACAUUCUGCACUCUCUAGACUAGAGGCACCUCAGCCAAAACUUUGGGGUUUAGUUACUCUUUAAAGCCACCUGCAUAUUCAGGAAAUAUCUGAGACGUGUGCCCCCUAGUGGUGGCAUUUAGAAAACACUGUGGCAAACAGCAAUGCAAUACACUGGCAUUUACUCUUUUUCCUUAGUCCAUUGUUGUCCAGACUGGAACAGUUUACAAAAUCCUCCACUCCAGUCUUAAGAUAUAUCGCAUCCAAAAUCAGUUUUUCAUACAUUUUGUAAUGUAAAUAUAAAUGUUUUGUAAUGGAUUUCAGUAUAAUUUCACCUCUAUGUCAAUGCUUUGUGAUUAUUUUUAAUGUCUGUAAUUGAAACCUCAUUGUAUCUCAUUAUCUAAAGGCUACAGUUUGACAUUUUUGUAUCUUUACAAAUAAUAACAUUGGUGAAUGUGUUUGUAUUUGCUGAUAGAAGCUCAUUUAUUGCUGCUAAUUGAUGAAUAUAAUAUGAUAUGGCUUUUGAUUUUACAAGCUUUUGGCAUACAAAUGUUGUUGAGCUAAUUGCAAAUCCAUAACAUUCUCAAUGUCUUUACUCAAAAUUGUGACAGUCUACACAUUUGGAUAAUGUGGUUGAUAAUGACCAGCAUGCCAAUUUAAAUGUUUCCCCAUCAAUGAUUGCUGAAUAUUUAUCUGCCAGUGAAGCGGCGCGUGAGCAUCAUUGCCAUAUAGAAGUUUUCACAUACAAGCUAUUUGCCUUGGUAUUUUGGUGCAUAACAAUUAACAUAGUAAGAGAGAAGAAACAAAACAAGUACUGCAAAAGUCAAGAAUCAUAGAUAUAAAAUAGUAAAAUGUGCAAUAAAAAAAAUAAAACAAAUAUCUGUUUUCAAAAGGAUGAAAUGAGGAAAAUAUUGACCAAGAAACGUGUGAAUGUUCACAUUAUAAAGUUUAGAGAAUUGCGCAGUAGGCUUGUGCCAAUUAGCAUUCGGGUCGUUUACUAACUUACUAUCGCAACUAAGAUGUUAUAAAACAAUCUCUAAAAUAUGCACCCUACUGUGCAUUUAGAGAUGUUUCUGGUGAGGGGAAGCAUGUAAGCCUGCUCGUUAAUCAGCACAAGUGAACUUUAAAUCUUCGGUUACAAACCAGUUUGACGUCUCUUUUCCAUGGAUCGGACACCCCGCAUCUCUUUUCUCCGUAUGUCUGCUCACCAAAACUUUGAUCUGCCUUUCAAAAAUGUUGUUUUGCAGUAAUUAAUAAUGAUAACUUAAAUGUCAACAUAUGAAUGAAGCUUCAAACUAUGCGGUACAGCCCUAGUUAUGGAUAUGAUUUGGAUUGUGAUAUUAAGGAUAAGAAAUGGACCAAGAUGCUGUGAUAUUGUUGCACCAAGCACAAAUACAUAGACUUUCAAAAGGUAGACAUUGUUUCAAUAGAGGAGACAUUGCUAUUAAAUAUAUAUUUUUAAAUGUUUAGAUAUUUUAAGUAAGGCGUUCACUGUUUGAUAAAUGUUUAUUCACGUAGGACUAGCUUUAACUGUAUUGCUUGCAAAAAGCUAAAAGGUUAAAUUAUUUCAAAGCUCCAUAAGAGCCAAGCCACGCCGCCGUCCACUGGCGAUUGGACAUCCUAUCGGCAAACUUGAGUAACCGCGAUUGGACAAUAUCAAAGAUAGAAACAAUCACCCACAUUGAGGGCCUUGUUGAUGCGGAAGAGUCGGGAACCAACUGUUCUUAUGGCCUGAGGUUUUGGUUGGCUAUAAUCUUUCCAACUGAAAUUAAGACAAUGAUGAUCAAUGCAUUUGUGUGUGCAUCUAUGUACUAAUUUACUUAUUUAUUGACUCCAGUGUCACGUAGCACAGCUCCACCCACUCAUUUUGUCCACAACUUGCCCUUGAUAUCUCUAUC